CGCGGACUUGUGACCCGAGUGGGAGCAAUAAGGUGUUGGGACAUUGGGCCAACUGAUGAGGUUGGGCCUUGUGUAGCUGAAUCCCGACCUGCCCGUUCCAAGUUUGGAGCUGGAGUUCUGCUUCCUCGGCGAAAGCCUGAGGAGGCCGUUCUCCUAGAGCGGAUGAUGUCAGGCUGGUUUAACAGAGCAGCGACAACCUCUCCCUUCAGUCAGUGGAAGGAUAACAGGUCGGUGCUGGCAGAUCCCGUUGGACCUCAUCUAUCGCCUAAAAUGAAC